AUGCUCGCCUCAACCCUCCUCGCCCUUCUACCGCUGCUGGUUGCUCCGGUUGCCGCAGCCCCAACCCCGAUCCCGGUUCACCACCUCCAGAAACGCUGGAAUGAGUGCUGGGGUUACAACUCGGCCGGAUGCCCCUACAGUGACGUUGGAUCUCACGGCGCUGUUGCCACGGAAGUUGGCACAUGUUCGGCUUAUGGUGUUCAAAUCUUGCAGCAAGGUGGCAGUGCUGCUGACUCUAUAAUCGCCUCGGCGCUCUGUGUCGGUGUCAUUAGUGCCUACCACUCUGGCAUCGGAGGUGGUGGCUUCAUGGUCAUUCGCUUCAAGAACGCCGACGGGUCGCACGGUUACGAGCAGAUUGAUUUCCGCGAGACCAUGCCGGCGGCUGGAAACGAGACAAUGUACUCUCAGCACGGUGCCAACGAGACGCAGUCCACUAUCGGUGGCCUCGCUGUGGGUGUUCCCGGCGAAAUGCGCGCUUGGGAACUGCUACACAAGCGCCACGGCAAGCUUCCGUGGAAGGCUUUGUUUAAGCCUGCCAUCGAGGUAGCUCGUGGCGGCUUCCCAGUCAACUAUGAUCUCGCUGGCUUCCUCACCGGGUACCCCAUGAUGCUCACCGACCCCCUGUGGUCAGAGGUGUACGCACCGAAUGGCACGCUUGCCCAGGAAGGCGACAUUAUCUACAAGCACCGCUUGGCCAACACCCUUGAGCGUAUCUCCAAAGAGGGCGCGGGUGUCUUCUACGACAAGCACUCUAGUAUUGCAAAGAACACCAUCAAGGCUAUCAAGAACGCUACGCCUCCCGGAAUCAUGACCUUGGACGACUUGGCGGGUUACAAAGCCAUUCUGCGCAACGCAUCGUCCAUUACGUACCGCGGUAAAAAGCUCUUUUCGACAACCGCACCUAGCUCCGGCGCUAUUGUCCUGUCCAGCCUCAAGAUCUUUGAAGGGUUCGACGGUUCGGCUUCCGACACGGACCCAACUAUCAACCUCACCCUCCACCGACUCAUCGAGGCAGACCAGCUUGCAUAUGGCCAGCGCACUACACUGGGCGACCCGGCCUUCACCGCCAAUGUCAGCACACUCGAGGCAUCGUACCUCACCGACGCCGUUGCCGCGGCGGCUCGGGCCAAGAUUGUAGACAACUCGACCUUCCCCGUAACCUACUAUGACCCGACCACGUAUAUUCCUUCUCCUCCCGAGGGCGGUACCAGUCACCUCGCCGUCGUUGGUCCAGACGGUGAUGCAGUCAGCCUGACCACGACCGUCAACCUCAUUUGGGGUUCCCGAGUUAUGACCGAGGACGGGUUCGUUCUCAACGACGAGAUGGACGACUUUAGCUCCCCCGGCCAGACCAACGCGUUUGGCUUUGCUGCCAACCCCAUCAACUUUAUUCAGCCUGGCAAGCGGCCCCAGUCCAGUAUCGCUUCGAGCCUCGUCGAGGAUGAGAACGGCGACCUCAUCUUUGCCACUGGUUCGGCCGGCGGCAGCCGCAUCAUCACGGCCACGCUCCAGGAGCUGUACCACUUCCUCGACCAGGACCUCAACGCGACACAGUGCACCCGCCAUCCCCGCUGGCAUGACCAGCUCUCGGGCAAAACCUACUUUGACUACGACGAGCCGUGGAGGCCCAUCCCGCUCGCAGGUUUUGACAACGGCACAGUCGAGUACUUCCGCGCCAUGGGUUACAAUGUCACGUACCAGGAGCCGUACUCGACGUCUACAAGCCACGCGAUUGGUCGGCUUGCAGGCGGUGACUGGCUGGCGGCCUCUGACCCGCGCAAGCCGGCCGGGCAUGGUCAGGCCUUCUAA